AUGGGUGUCCUUCAGACGCUCAACGCCAAUGGGGGCGCGAUUCUACCCUUGACUACCGUCGACAUCCUCAAGUACUCACUCAUUGGCGCCGUCGCUAUCCCGAUUCUCUGGGUUCUCGUCGACUAUGUCAGAGUCCUCCGUCUCCGUCGAAAGAUGCCUCCGGGCCCGCUGCCCCUGCCACUCUUUGGCAACUACUUCACCAUUGAAAAGUACAAGCCAUGGGCACAGUUCGAGCGAUGGUCCAAGGAAUACAAUGAUCCGAUGAUUACCAUCUGGCAGGGUCAUCGACCUACCAUCAUGUGCAACGACAUCUGGUCGAUAUCGGACCUGCUCGACAAGAAAGCUAGCAUUUACUCGAGUCGUCCUCGAAUGAUUGCCAUGGGUGACAUGAUCAACGCCACGACUUCCAACCAAGUCAACCUCGAAUACGGCGACCGAUGGCGAUUACAUAGACGACUGAUGCACACGGCUGUUGGCAGCCAAGCCGUUCGGCCCUUCCGCGACGUCCAGGCAAAUGAGUCCAAGAUUCUUGUUCGAGAUCUCUUGGAAAGACCUGACGACUUCGUCAUGGCGAUUGAGCGCUACUCAACAUCUGUGGUCUCGAUCAUUGGCUGGGGUCGUCGCAUCGACAAGAUCAACGACUACGUCGGUCAGCUAGCGUUGCAGGUCAUGGAAGGAGUCGACUUCAUCAUCCCCGGCUUGUACAUUGUCGAGUCUAUCCCGUUCCUCGCCAACCUCCCUAGAAUGCUCAACUGGGUGUACCCGUGGCCGAAGCAGAUGCUCAACCUCUCGAAACACAUGCAAAGAUACUUCGCCGCUCUUUCAAAGGAAGGCGCGCAAAUGCGAGAAGACAAUUUUGCGAAACGCUUGUACAAGGAGCAAGCUCAGAGCGGUCUGAGCGUGGAAGAAAUUGCCAGUCUUACCUCGAACCUCAUUGGUGGAGGCGUCGAUACGACCAGCGGCACCACCUUAGCAUUUAUUCUCGCCAUGUGCGCCUUCCCGGACGUCCAGAAGAAGGCCCACGACGAACUCGACAAGGUGGUCGGGAAGGAGAGAGUGCCCAAUUGGAACGACGAAAGCUCACUGCCGUACGUCAAAGCGAUCCUGAGCGAAACCCUCCGGUGGAGGACCGUCACGAUUCUCGGAGGCAUUCCUCACGCCCCGAUUCAGGAUGACGUGUACCGUGGCUAUUUCAUACCCAAGGGCACUCCCAUCACCGGCAAUGUGUGGGCUAUCCAUCGCAAUCCGCGAGAGUACCCGGAUCCCGACAGUUUUAGGCCAGAGCGAUUUGUGGGCGGCCUCGAGAGACCAUACCCCAACAAGCAGGGUCACAACGCGUUUGGCUGGGGUCGUCGACAAUGCAGCGGUCAGCCCUUGGCCGAGCAGGGUCUGUUCAUGACCAUCGCUACGCUCCUGUGGGCGUUUGACAUGAAGCCCGGUCUGGAUGAGAAUGGAAACGAGGUCAAGCUUGAUACCAGCCUCGACGGAUUUACAAAGAGUGAGAACAUGCGACCGGAGCCGUUCAAGGCGAGAUUCGUCCCGAGAUCCAAGGGGAUUGAGCAGAUUAUCCGAGCCGAGGCUGCCCGUGCCCGGAAGGAGCUGACUGUGUUUGACGGCGAGACGAGAUUGACCAUGGAGAAUGUUCCGUGA